UGCCGCACUGUCGUUAUGAGUCCAAGUGGUGAAGGCAGGAGCAGAGACGCAUUAUUGCAGUUGCCCACAGAGCCACUUUGCACGGACAAAACUCGCGUACCUCGCAUACAGCGCGCAGUGAGAGAGAGAGUGAAGGAGGCAAUCAGAGACAACAGAUUUCCCGUGACUGCACUUUCCCCCUUUAUUGUUGUUAUUAUUAUUAUUUUAUUUCAAUCGCAGGUAUUCUGUCAGUAGCUUUCAGAAGAGGCAACUCAACAACCAGCCAAUCAGUGCUGCGUCUCAGGAUCUAGGAGGGGAGCAUCACUUGGAGGAGCCGGAUGCAGCUCUGCAAGAAUACAAACAUCCGUGGAUUUCUUUUGCAUGGAUUAUAAUUUGGAAGUACUUCCUUCCUGAGCUGGCACCGCUCCUUUUUCAUUCCCUGCCCACUAAUCUGGUCACACAGUGAAUUAUCACCCGACCUGUAUACGUGUCUCGGUAUUGCAGUACUUUUGGUGACGGCUUGCAGUAUAAAAGCAUCGCUAGAAGAUCGGCUCCACUGCGCCAAGAGCCUCCGCCUCAGUUUACUGUCAGUGCGCCACUUCAGUCUGUUUACUAAUUAAGCAUCUGGACUUUCCUUUGCACACGUGCCUCCGCUUUUUCGUCUCUUCUGUCUUUUUGGGGGUUUUUUCUCUCUCGCUUUGUACUUCAGACCCUCCUGCCUCACAGCCAGUCACCCCUCCUCCGCUGCCCGUGAGUCAGUUCAAACAGCUGCAUAGAAGAUGUCUGCCCCAGAUGCUGCCCCACCAGCUGGAGCUCCUGGAGCUCCAGGUGCCCCUGGCGCAGAUGGAGCCCCAGCUGGCGCACCUCCUGGCCCUCCCAAUACCAGCAGCAACCGCAGGCUACAGCAGACUCAGGCCCAAGUGGAAGAGGUGGUGGAUAUCAUGCGGGUGAAUGUGGACAAGGUUUUGGAAAGGGACCAGAAGCUUUCAGAGCUGGAUGACAGAGCGGACGCUCUCCAAGCUGGAGCCUCCCAGUUUGAAAGCUGCGCAGCCAAGCUAAAAAACAAGUACUGGUGGAAGAACUGCAAGAUGAUGAUCAUGAUGGGUAUCAUUGGAGUUAUUGUGGUUGGAAUCAUAUUCUUAUACUUCUUCCACUGAGCUCAGCUCAUCAGUACAGAUGAAUAUGGACUUGAGGAUAAUAUGAGAGGGGAGAGGCAAAAAAAGAAACCCAAGCGCUGCUCCUCAAUUUUGUCAGUCCUCUCCUUCCUCUCUUCACACAGUCUUCCAUCAAACCAUCUUGCACUUAAACAUUACAUUAGUGUUUAUAGAUGUCUCUGCUCUCUUCGUCCUCUUUCCCUCCCUUUCCUUGCUGCUUUCUUCCACUGUUUUGACUUGAACUCUUGCUCACUCUCCGCUGCCUCUGCACCUCAUGUAUUAUUGAAGGACACAGCAGGCAGAGUCAAAAGAGGAAGGAAGGAAGAAAAGGAAAGAAGGUAGAGGGAGAACACGUGGGGCUAAGCACGCUGGUGGGGGGUGUACAGAAGAGUCUUUCUACACCGAGUACGCCAAAGCUUAUUCAUAUGACGUUUUUUUGAGAGUUCAACAUUUGUAAAUUGAUACUGACAUGCAUAACUAAUACACAUCUUCUGUCUGCUACUUCCACAGUUGCUACUUACUAACACAAGGUCAUGUUAGAUUAAGAUUAUGCUAGUUUCUGUUGUUUGUGCUUGUGUGUAUCUGUGAUCCAAAGCAUUGUAGCUAAAAGCUUUCUUCCACUUUUACCUGGUAGGCUUUGAUUGGUAUUUUUUUCCCUUUCCUGUCUAACUUUCACUCACUUAAGUCUUUUUUUUCUGCAACCUCCAGUGAUAACAAGAAAAGAGAAAUGCAAAAUAGGGAAAGAGACUGUGUGAGAGUUUAGGAAAGGAGGAAGUGAUUCAGGGAAAGGUAGUAGGAGUACUGCAACACAUUUCUACUGCAUAAAUAGGUAAAAAUUUAAAUCUGGACUGAAAAAGCAGAAUGUUUAUACCACAGGCAUAGAGGUGGCAUUUUAGUAAUAAUAUGCACAGCAAUUAAGUCACACGAGCAGGCACUUACAGACAAUCUAACGAAUACAUGAACUAACUGCUUCAGUCCAGAGGAAGGCCUCUUAAUUCUGAUUUGCAGAGAGUCCCAGCCAUAGACAGAUGAAUGUGUAGCGCCACAUUUCAAACAGGUACAGACACAUAGUUAUUUUGAGAGUUGUGCUGUCAAAGUGUUUAAUUGUUGUUUAAGUUGUCCAGAAAGCAGGAAAAGAGGAAAGAGGAUAUGAUUUUGGAAACCCUGAGCCACCUGGUCGUCCCACCGUCACUGCUGACUCACAUAAAAGCACCCAUCUGUCAUCGACAGUAUGAUAACGGCCAGUGUGAAGCUUUUGUUUCUAACCUGCAUGGCAAACGGUGUCCGUAGUUUUGCCUUCUUGUGUAACCUGUGUAUCUGCCAUUUCUGAACCUUACUGCCGACUGUACAUUUUUUUUCUUAGUGGUUUAAAGGACCUAUGUACAAUGUCUUUCUGAUCUGAUAAUUACUGCUUAUGCAAUGCAACAAUGCUCAAGAGUUUGCCAACAUUUUGUUAAGAUCACUUGUGUUGGACAGUAAAAUAAUAUCCAGAGACUGCAAACAAACUGCUACUGUAGUGAAAAAUGAAAACUUAGUAUUAUUCGUGUUGUAUGAGUAGAACUAUAGUACACAUCUGUCAGUUUACGCUCCUGAAAACAGGUUUAUAAAUUCUUUCAAGUUUUUUGAGGGGCUGUAGGAUAUGAAGUUUAUUUUCCUUACUUUGGACUGAUAUUCAGGGUUGAUAAAAUGCAAAGGGCAUUUAUGCAUAAUUGUAGCGGUUAGCCAAAAUUAUCUAAUGAUAAUGUGCAGUAAUAUUAUUAGAUAGUUAACAUGGUUCAUGAGAAGAUGUUUUGUGAUUUACAACUUGGAACUACUGGAAGAGAUGCAACUGGAUUUAGGAGAACAAAUGCAUGUUUACCACUUUUUGCUGAUGCCAAUAAAGAAAUCAUGAAGUGACUACA